AAAUUUCCAGCUACCACGCCUCUGGAAGCAGGGCGUGGCUUCCUCCCUCCUCUCUCCGCCCACUCGCCCUCGGCAUCUGCCCCGCACCCGGCGUAGCGACUGCAGGGGGCGCUGCGGCGUGCUCCGCGCCGUGGGGGCGGGGCCGGCGUAAUGCUCCGCCCCCUCGUUAGCUCAUCUUUGCGCGUCGCAGUCGCGCUGAGCCCGGCUUCCGACGUGCAGGCUGGCAGGGCAGUGAACUGUCUGGCCUUUUGCCCUUGAUCCUUGGUUAAGGAAAUGACCAACCAGUAUGGUAUUCUCUUCAAACAAGAGCAAGCCCAUGAUGAUGCCAUUUGGUCAGUUGCUUGGGGGACAAACAAGAAGGAAAACUCUGAGACAGUGGUCACAGGCUCCCUGGAUGACCUGGUGAAGGUCUGGAAAUGGCGUGAUGAGAGGCUGGACCUACAGUGGAGUCUGGAGGGACAUCAGCUGGGAGUGGUGUCUGUGGACAUCAGCCACACCCUGCCCAUUGCUGCAUCCAGCUCUCUUGAUGCUCAUAUUCGUCUUUGGGACUUGGAAAAUGGCAAACAGAUAAAGUCCAUAGAUGCAGGACCUGUGGAUGCCUGGACUUUGGCCUUUUCUCCUGAUUCCCAGUAUCUGGCCACAGGAACUCAUGUCGGGAAAGUGAACAUUUUUGGUGUGGAAAGUGGGAAAAAGGAGUAUUCUUUGGACACAAGAGGAAAAUUCAUUCUUAGUAUUGCAUAUAGUCCUGAUGGGAAAUACCUAGCCAGUGGAGCCAUAGAUGGAAUCAUCAAUAUUUUUGAUAUUGCAACUGGAAAACUUCUGCAUACGCUGGAAGGCCAUGCCAUGCCCAUUCGCUCCUUGACCUUUUCCCCGGACUCCCAGCUCCUUGUCACUGCUUCAGAUGAUGGCUACAUCAAGAUCUAUGAUGUACAACAUGCCAAUUUGGCUGGCACGCUGAGUGGCCAUGCCUCCUGGGUGCUGAACGUUGCGUUCUGUCCUGAUGACACUCACUUUGUUUCCAGUUCGUCUGACAAAAGUGUAAAAGUUUGGGAUGUUGGAACGAGGACGUGUGUUCACACUUUCUUUGAUCACCAGGAUCAGGUCUGGGGAGUAAAAUACAAUGGAAAUGGUUCAAAAAUUGUGUCUGUUGGAGAUGACCAGGAAAUUCACAUCUAUGAUUGUCCAAUUUAAACAUCAAAGUCUCCAGGCUUAUGCUGCAAAGAGAAUGUACGGAUUGAUCAUGACAUUCCUUACCUUUUUAGGCUUGUUUAAAAGAAAUAUAGCAUUUAUUGUAGCAAAGACUUAAAUUUUGUAGAUACAAUAUAAAUCUUUUCAUGUUUUAUUGGGAAUGCUGUUCAUACUUUAACAUAAAGCUUUCUUAAUGCAAACA